AUGGCAACAACUAAAAGCUCAACCGAAAAUUUCAGUAUGGAUGAUUUCGAUGCUCUUCUCGCUUCUCUAACUCCAGAAGAUCUUGAAAAAGUGAACGAUAUCAUCGAUCCUGAAAAUUCGUAUUUACCUGCAAGUGAACGUUGCAAGCAACAGACAACAAAGGAUCCAACUGGCCCGUAUGAUCGUACUAAACUUCUUGAAUUUCUAACUGAACAAGGAAAGAACGAGAAAGACUGGGAUCAUUACAAAUCGUAUGUUCCUGGCGAGAAGAAAGGUAAAGUCUGGCAACCACCUGCUGUUACGAAGCCAAAUCAAGAAGAAGACGAUGAAUUUCUGGUUUCAACCGAAUGGGAUGAUGUUUUAACCAAUGCGAACGAGUCAGAAAUCGUUGAACUUGCCGCUAUUCUUGGUUUUACUGGUUUAAUCAAUCAAGUUCAAUACCAUGCAGCUUUGACUGACAAAGGUUUACCAUCAACUGUCGGUGGAUGGAAUGCUGCUGCACGAAGUGAACCAUUGAGAAUAAUUCCACCCGAACCGGAUAAUACAACGGAUGUUGAAGAUUGUAUCAAGAGAGCUAAGGCGAAUGAAACCGAUUUCACACGCAUUAACAUUAACAACAUCAAAGAAGUGAAAGCUGACGUUUUGAAAGAAUUACUUAACUCCUUAAAAGAAAAUACGCAUGUUGAAACACUUGAAAUGGCGAAUGUUGGAAUGACAGAUGCUGUUGGUCGAGUGCUUGCCGAGCUUCUCGACGCUAAUUCAACUUUGAAAACUGUCAAUGCUGAAUCAAAUCGGUUAACAGGUUUAGUUAUCAGUGAAAUUGUACGAGGCACAUUGAAAAACCAAACAUUACUGGAAUUGCGUCUCUCAAAUCAACGUUCUCAAAUUCUCGGCAAUCGAGUUGAAAUGGAAGUUGCUGAUGCUAUCGCACAAAACAAUACACUUCUUCGUUUAAACUUACAAUUCGAUACUCUUGGACCACGUGUUCGUGUUACUGAAAAACUUAAGCAAAAUCUGGACGCUUUACGUCAAAAACGUAUUAGCAAUAAAUGA